UGGUGCAGUACAUGUACAUGAUUAGUCAUAACGUCAGCGUUUUGUUUCUGCACUGCUUUGUUGUUUGUCAAAUACUGAACUGUGCUGUGCUCAGCACAUCAGAACAUCCUGUCGUGGACCCCUAACACCUUGCAGGCAGAGCAGGUACCUGCAGGAGUGGAGGUGCUCCAUUUGCUCACCUUUUUUCCUGUAAUGCGUUGCUCAUUAUUCAAAAAAAAACCAGGACAGGACCCGGUUAAGCGCUUCCUGUUGUCUUCCUGAGCUUGCGAGCCAUCGCUUAGCAGGCCUCCCUCUAGUCGCCAUGGCGCUACAUUACUGUUGCUAUGGUUUCCUUAUCUGCAGGAUGAGGUUCAACAAGGCCUGCCAUAUUUGGUGUGCUCCUCAAAGUGUCAGCCCGCUGUCGACGCUGACAGCAACACAAGUGCACCAGCUCUCUGCUGCUCGGAACACUUAAAGGAGUAACUGGAAGCAGCUCUUUCAUUCACUCCUACCACGUAUUUGCAGGCGAGCUCAUGUUCACAUGGACAGGACACAUACAGCUGAUUUCCAGUGUCAUUCAGGGGUUAUCCCCUCAUGGCUUCACACACAAAAGAUGCUGGAUUAACUGUUGUGAUGUCACAGUGAGAUUACUGUGAGUCCUAUGCUGAUAAUCCUAUUUUAAACUUAACCUGCUUUUUCUUGUUUCACAGAGUUGACGCAUAACAAAUAUCCACUUAGCUUCUUGAUGUCAAACUUAAACCUAAAAUGACCGUCUUAUUUUAGAGUAUUAGAAAAAAAAAACCUUCCUAGGUUUCCUUCAACAACAGAAACACGUCCUGCUUGAACCACUGCAGCUCUCAGUGCGAGUAAAAAUGGCAUGUAAUUAGAAUGUCAAGCAGCGCUCGCUCAUGGUGUGUAGGUGUGAGGGUCACGAAUGAUGGCUGACUGGUUUUCUACCUGAAGGUGACAUGGAUGAAAGGUAUUUACUCAGCCUUUAUAUACAUUUGCGGGGGAGACAGGAGCUAUGACAGUUACUGUAUGAAUAAUAAAUACUAUCAAAUCAGGAAACAAUUCAAAUGCAAUAAGCAUAAGCUAAUAGCAUGGGGUGUGAAUAACACACAGGAGGAACCUGGAACCAGCAAAGUGUCUCAAGAGGCUUCUUCUGUGGUUCCUUUUACUGCUAGGACGUGCUUUUUCCCUCUUUGCAUUAAAACCACAACGCUAGCGCUCGUCCUUUCCACUUCAGCCAGUUCAGCUUUAGUUGUGUGGCUUCACACAGUUGUGUUUGUUUUCCCCUUUGUUGUCGAGCCGCGGACGCUGUGUUCCACGCAGCCGAGCGUGGUUUACGCUGCCCGUAGACUCCCAGACAGAGAUGCUAAUGAGCCGUAUUGAUUCCUCCGAGCUGCCGGUCGUGGGGAAAUGCAGCAGCACACGCUGCACUGUGGCCUUUGGAGUUUUCUUAGCAGGGAGCCGCUUCUAAUGAGAAUAAAGCUGAAAUAAAUCAAAACAUUUUCAGAUGCAGGCGUCCAUGAGCGAACCCACAAAUAUCUACAGCGAAGUCUCUUUGCAGCUUAUGCAAAUCGAUGAUUGAAAGUGGCGCCCGUUAUUCCAGAGGCUCACAGAUGUUGUUUGACGAUUUUCAAACGCAUUGAUCAUGUUUUAAGGCGCCUUUCUACAGAAAUGCAUUUAAUUCCUCGCUGCGGUGCUGAGUAUAACAAAGAAACAUCAAUAAAGGAGUGAAGACUAGAAUGGAAAUGUUUUUAAGAAACAUUAACAUGAUUUGGGAGACGAGGUUGAAAUAUUUUCUCAUGUCUUGCUCUUUAUUUUUCCAGUCUCAGUAUUUAUUUUAAAGCACACAAAGCCUCUACUCCACGUUAUGUUUGAUGUGAACUGAUAUAACCCUACAGAGACUUAAUAAUGCAAGUACUGAGGUGUAACAAAUGAAACGUCCCGAGGAACAGCUCUGACAGCUGCUAAACAAUGUUACGUAACAUCACACGGGAGGUUAUGCCCGACUUUUUUUUAAUCAGAGGGAGCUUUAACAACAGCCAGUUUAUAUCCACUGACCCACUGGGAUGUGUUUGGAAGGUUCAGCCUCAGCAUCAGCCCGGAGUGCGUAAAACGCAAAGAGCCGAACAUGAUGAGUUGCUCGGGCCUCUCCAAACGACAGUAACGCGGUCGUGCACGUUGUGGCGGAGGAGGGAGUGACUCACGCAUGCGCGUCGAAGCCCCUGCUUCUGCCUGCGCUGAAAAACAAAGACAGUGAGACGCUGCUGGGAAUUGUCAUCAUUCAUCCUCAAUAGAGGAAACAGGCUUCAGCCAAUGAGCGGCGUUACGCUUUGGGGACGGAAUAAGACAACUGUUGUCGUUGUUUUUUGCGAUUGGCGUGUUUGGCCAAGAUUCCAGAUCUCGCGACAGUUACAGUAGUGACCGAAUCGGCUUCUGAGACUCUACAGGUCUCCGUCUCUUCUUUCUCCUCUCUUCGCUUUCUGGAUCGUUCGCGACCGAAUGGCAGCCCGCGCGCGCGAAGACUAAUGGCGACGCUCGCGCAGCGUUCUCCCGUCACGCGCUGAUGAAGUUUGUUCGCUCUGGGUAGACAGGCAAGUGAGGGUGGAGCUGGUCGGGGGACGGCAAGUAAACCACACAGAGACAUCACUGUCCGACGCGAGGGUGUGACGUGGAGCCGUUGAGCAGCUGGCUCGGUUUGUGUCCGCAGCCGCAAGGAGGCACGUCACCCGCGCGCGCGCUUGCCCCGGAGAGGCGCUGUCCGUGGUCCUGAACUCCUCUCAGCAACUGCCGCUCCUUCAGCUUUCUCCAGCAAAGAGGAACACGGUGCAUCAGCUGGAGAAAAAGUUUACUAUGGUAACUCAACACAGAGUUCACCUACAGACUCUGCUACUCUUGACUUUUGUCGUCCACCUGAGCCAGCCAGUAUGUGUCGAUGUCGAAGCGGAGAAGGAAGCAGUUGUGGGAAAACCCAAGAAGUUGAGCUGCAUUGCCUGUAUGAAGAGAGAGGAGGUCAAAGCAAAGACACGCGUGGAGUGGCUUCACAAGGGCAAGGGCGACAACCAAACACACUUAAUUUCCCAGUAUGAUGGUAACAAAGGAUUGUGGACAGACUACACCGGCCGCCUGACAUGGAACGGGAGUCAGGAUUUGCAGGAUCUCUCCAUUGAAAUUGUUAACGUGACCUUUGAUGACGGUGGCUUCUAUCAGUGCAAGGUGUUUCGCGAGUUUGAGUUUAACUUCUUCACUCACUCGGACACUAUCACCAGGAACAUUACGCUGCACGUGAGGGAGAAGGCCAGCGACGACGUCACGGCGAUCUACUCUGAGAUCAUGAUGUAUGUGCUGCUGGUGUUCCUGACCUUAUGGCUGCUCUUCGAAAUGGUGUACUGCUACAGGAAGAUCUCCAAGUCCGAUGAACAGGCGCAGGACACGGCGACAGACUACCUAGCCAUUCCCUCCGAGCACAAAGACAAUCCAACCGCUGCUGUUACCGAAUAACAGUGCUUGUCGGCGACACGGUAUUGACCAAUCAGGGUGGGACUUUCAGCAUCACGUGACUGAUCCCACAAUCCUCUCUAUGCUUCUAUGAAGGCAUCAUCACUGCCAUGGGAAUCCUGCCAACCGACCUCCCCUGUGCAUCGACUGCGUCUUGGGAGGAAGAGCCAGUCAAACAUGUCCAAGUGCUUUUCCUCUAUCGUCCUCCCUGCCUCUCUCUCUCUCUCUCGCUCUCCCUCUCUCUAUCUUUUUUUUUUUAUUACCUUCGUGCCAGGCAUCUGAAAUCAAGUGCUUUUCGCGGGAAGAGCAGGGUGAAUAACAGAAACGUCAGCGUGCUGCACUCAUUAUCAGAUGAAUACCAGCCAUGCCUCACCCGGACCCGUCAGUGUGUAGAGUUGCUAAACAUUUCGCCAUUCGAUGUCAGUGCCUCUGUGAUUUAUAGCCCGUAUACACAGAUAUGAUCCAAGGACGGAGCAUGUCCCGCUGUCAAGGCUCUUAUACCGACUACGUCCUACUUGUCCAGCUCAUUUUGUUUUAUUACAGUUUUAUAGACUUUGUAAUUUCUGGUCACACUUUUGAUUUGUAUCGGCCAAUACCUUUUUAAAGCAAAUUGAAAGCUUUUCUACUGUACAGAUGUGUGUUUGACCCUUGUUCUGUAAUAUUAGCUACACAAAAUCAGACAAUAACCUAGUGGCAGUGUUUCAGUUUGUCUGAAGCGGUGUUUUUUUCUCCUGUCUGCUCCUUUGUGACAAUCUCAAAGCCAUGCUCAGCGCUGGAACUUCUCAAGCUUUGACUGUUUGCUGAUGUUUUACAGUAGCGUGUGCCUCUCUCUAUUUCUACUACGUUAGACAAAUCUAUAUAUUUAGCGAUCCAAUCACAAGGCACCACUGUUUGUCUACUUGGGGCAUAUGCUGUGUACAGUAAGUGAGCUGCUCUUGAACUAAUAAAUGCGAUGCCUUCUGCCGCC